AUGGAAGAAUUUACAAAAGCAGCAAGAAGCCAAUACUCUCCGACCUCGCCAAACAAUAGUUGCGGUUACACUUCGGGCUCUGAGAGUGAGGUGGGAGAUGACAGCGAGGGGGAAGCCACUCAGCAACGAAGGAUGAGGACCAAAUUCACCUCUGAGCAGAUCGGCAAGCUGGAGAAAACCUUCAGCAAGCACAAAUACCUGGGCGCUACACAGAGGAGGAAGAUCGCUGAGAAGCUCAACCUCUCUGAAACUCAGGUGAAAACGUGGUUCCAGAACAGGAGGAUGAAGCUGAAACGGGAGGUCCAGGAUCUGCGUCCUGAGUUUCUGUCGGUCCCGGCCGGUCUGCUGCCGCCUCUGCUGUUUCAGCACCCCGUCCUGAGUGGACAGCUCCCCGCCGGCAGCGGCUUCUACCCGCGGGUGCAGCCGCUCCACAGGACGGUCCUGCCCGCUGCUCUUCUGCACCAGCACCGCUCCCACCCCCCGGCCAUCCUGCAGCCUCCCCACUUCUACUGAACGCGGCCCCUCCGCCACCCAGCCAAAAUAUGUUUUUGUCUAGAAUCUAGAUAUUCUUCCAUCUCUCUCUCUCUAAAAGAGGGGUUUAAAACUUGUUAAUAUAGUGAAUAUAAUGUUUGCCUUUAAUAUGUCUGAAGCACUAUAGUAUAUAUAGACGUUA